AUGUCAGCUUGGGGCCACGGAACUCCUAGGGCCACUACCGAGGACGAGAAGUGGCUUUUGCUACAUGUUGGCCACGAUUUGGUCCGCGGCGGGUUCCAGCCGCGCCUUCCGACUUCGCUGCCGCCCCCAGAGCAGCAGCAGCAGCCGUCGCCGCUACCACGCCGACAGCCCGUCCCGUUGAUGCCUCCCGCGCAGCUUCAUGCGGGAGCGCCCCGGGUGGUCGCUCCGGCGCCUGCGGUCCCUCUUCAGUCGCCACCGCCUUCGGAGCUGAUGGACGUCGACCCCUCAGCCGGGCCGCCUUCCCAAGCGGUGGCUGUGCAGCCUGUACUGCAGCCGCUUUCCUUGGGCACCCCCAAGGAGUCUGACACCGCAGCGCCUUGUCCGGCGCCCACUCAGCAGCCGUCGACGCUGCGUCAAGAGACGCUGCCUCUCUUCGUGGGUCCCGACGCCCCGUCGCGUCCAGUACCAGAAGCUGCGCCCGUGGUCACAGGCGUGCACCCUGACCUCGGUUUUCAGUCGGUGUUUCCCGAGGCCCCGCGCAGCCAAUGCUGGGCAGAUGAAGUUGAAAAAUUUUGUAUCUGA